AUGUCGGAUCAGAAAGAAGACCGUAAUAAUGACCAGGACGACGACUUUCAGCCGCCAACAAAGAUGAGACCCAUUGGUUCCAAAAAGGUUACCACUAGUACUAGCCAGCUUGACAGCAGAUUUGCUGAAAAGACGAGUACGGACAAAGUACAGGAGUACAGCAAGGGUACGGUUUGCAAGAACACGACUGCCUGCAACAGUUGGACGAUGCGAACAUUUGAUGCAUGGAGAAGCAAUCGAAACAAGGAUGCUCCACAAGAAGAGCAUGUACCCACAGACAUUCUCUCAACGAAGGAUUCACAACUUUUGCAAGAGCGGCUAAUAUGCUUCCUACUGGAGGUGAAGAAGACCAACUGUGACAAGUAUCCUCCAAAAACUCUCGUACAAUUGGUGUGUGGGCUACAACGUGUACUUCGAGCUCAGCACAGAAGCGAUUCGUUUAAUUUUUUCGACAAGGCAGACCAUCGUUUUGAAGGUUUGCGCAAUGCUCUUGAUAAAGUCUGUCGAGAAUUACGUCAAUAA